GCAUUGUUUGAUUACCAAAAAAAAAAAAUAAAAACUCAUUUUAUACGAAUAAAAUAUUGAACGACAUAAUCAUUAUCGAACGAACACUUGUCUCGACCUUGACCUUAUUCACCGCCAUUGACAACGCUAUCAACAACAUGGCUGUAUGAUAGGAAGAAGCCGAUUAACUCAAUGAUUCCCUGAAACAUGGCGUGUACAUAGAUGCAUAUAAAAUGACGGAGAGUCUUUUAUCAUGAUUAACAAAGGUUCACGAAGUGAAGGCGGCCAGAAACCGCACUUACGACUGCUAGAUCUGACUUUUGACAAUGGGGUCACUACAUCGCAGAACGGAACCAGACCUCAUGGGGGUCUAAGGGGUGGCAAGAAACAUCCAUUGAGUCCCUAUUCCUACAACAAGUCUUCAGAAUAUCAUGUUCAGCUGAGAGAGGACAUCAACAAACUCUUUCGUGAAGAAUUUUUUGAUGGACGAGGUUCUCCGGCAUGGGCUUAUGAUAUCAGUAAAGAGAUGACCCAUAGUGGAGAAUCUCCAUUCCAUAUCCAUGGUCUGCUCAGCACAAGUAAGGUGGAAAGUGAAGCAAACUCAGUUCACAACAUCAGACGCUCAGUUACGCCUGCAUCUACCAGGAAUACUCCAAGAAAAAGGCAUAAUGGCUCUUCCUACUACCACCCUCCAACUCCACACCAAUAUCUUACAGCCACUGACACGUCACAGCUAUCAGACAAAGAACUGAAGUAUGGAAGACCCACUAGGACCACCCUACUCCGAGCCAGGCAGAGGUGUGCUUCAGCUCCCGUAAACUCCUACAAUGUAAAGAGAGAACAAGUCAAAACUGUAGACCUCGAUGAAGUGGAACCUUAUACAUUUCGCUAUGCAGAUCACUGUCUAUCUUGUCGAGAGUCAGAAAACCCACCAUCUUCAGGCCAGAUGAAUAAGGAAGUAUUUGUUGCUCGUUCAGAAGGAGAGUCGCCCCAUGCUUUCCUGACCGGCGCAAGAUACAACAGGGCACAUUUACUUGAUGCCAAAAGUCUAUCAGUGUAUGGGGUAUACAUGCCCAGGACAAACCCUCAAGGAAUUUUCAUGACGGGUCAUGCAACACAGAGAUCUAGGGACAAAGGCCACACCAUACCAGCAGUACCGCCAGAUUCACCUCGAUCUGAUGUUGACGAGGCUUCAAAGCCAAUGCUGAAGCGCCCUUCUACAGCGCCUGGUAAAAGGUUACUAUCUUCCGGUUCCACCUUGCACCCUGGGGGACGCCCCCGCAGUGCGUGGGGGGACAACUCCACAACAUGCCACUUGGUGCACGGUGACACUGAAAGUGAGAAUGAGAAACCUAAGAAAAAGGUGGUGCUGGUGACCUUCAAAGGGAGUAAAAAUUUAAGAAGCAAUCCGGAAUCAGUUCUUCCCUCCGUCACCGGUCGUACUGCUCCUAAAAUGUACUAUCGCAGACCACGAGAAAUGACAGAUGAUCUUGCUUCUGUGCAUAGUCAGCCUCCUCCUACACCUGUUGGUGCAUUUUCGGCUCGGGAUGGUAGUGAAAGGGUUCUGACUGAGACCGACCAAGAAAAUUUGGAAUCGGUCCAGAAUGCAGAUGAACCUCCUUCUCAAUCUGAUGUUGAGGAAAGAUUGGAGAAAAUUGUAGAAAAAAAUGAUGAUGAUGUUGAUGACGAUAAUAAGAUACAUAACCACGAUACUCUUCCUGACAAUUCUGGACAGAGAGAUAUUAAUACCGUAUUACAGGGGACGAACAUAGAAAACGACGAAGAGCCAAAGACCAAGGAUAUCAACAAAGUGGAUUUACAUGGACAAGAUUCAAACAAAGUAGAGAGUGUUAAUAGUGAACAGAAAACGACAGAAGAAAUCUUCAUUACAAACCAUGAGAAACAUGCUGUGAAUGGUGAUGUUGGCUCUGUGGAGGGGACAGAUAAAGAAAUCGAUCAUUCUGACCUCAAAGUAGAACCCACAGCAGAAGAGGAAAUUCCUACUCAAAUCCAUGUGACUAUCACGGAAAAACUGCAUGAGUCUGAAUAAAAAGGACUUGUUCAAUUAAUGUAAGGCCUAUUGCUACGUAUAUACGUCGGCUCAGGUUUUUGUCAGAGCACAAAGAAAAAAAAUGUCAGAUCUGAUUCCAUAUAUAUUCAAAGAAGAAACAACAUCUACUGUCGUGAUUCAUUCGGACUUGAAUCUGACAUUUUUAUACUGAGUGACAAUGAGCUUCUGUUAUUGGAAACCUCUAAUAUUAAUUUGCAGCAUUGUUUGAUAAACAUUGUCGAAUCAUUCUAACUGAAAUGACGUAACUCAAGUUUCUAACCCUUAAAAAUGUUCGUCAAUGUUUCAUAUCCGGGACUCAAUCUGUCACUUGUUGUCCAUGUUGAGUUAGUCAGCGUUUUAAACCUUUGAUUACACAUUAAAACAAACACACACACAAUUUAAACUUAUACGAGCUCCCGUUUGAUCUCAUUCCUUCUUUACAAGUGGGACUAGUGGCGGAUUGAAGAUUUUAUGAAGCCCGGAGUAUCUUAAAUUUCGUAACAAAAAGUAAUAUUUGAAUUAUAACAAUUUAAUGAAUAUGGAAAAUUCAUGGAAUACACUAUGUACUAUGAGAUUGACAUUUAAGUCAAAUGGAGCCCGUACUAUGAGAUUGAUAUUUAAGUCAAAUGGAGCCCCCCCCCCCCCCCCCCUUCCGCCUAUGGACUCGUAUGGAAAUUGUGAUCAGAUGUAAAUUAAUCACGGGAUUGGACGGGGGUGGAUUAGGAAUUCCGCCCAACAAAGAUUAUUCCGACAAAGAAGGCCAAUAGUUAUUGUAUAUGAUUAUAAUUAUCCUAAUUAGUAAAAAAAAUAUAAUAUUAACUUUCGACCGGUCUUCCACUGUCCAAAAAAGAAGACGGCACUUAAUAUCUAACAAAUUUGUGGUGACUACAUAGGACUAUUGGAUUGUGUCAUGUUUUUCUUGCUAGUCUAUCGUUAGGCAUUCAUCAUGUAAGUCAUUUAUCCAAAUACCGAAUACUUUCUUUGUUAGACAAUCAUCUGAUCAUGCUUCAUACACGUGUACAUAGUUUACGUGUACUCUGCAUAAUAAAACGAGAUUAUA